AUGAUGAAGCCAACAACAUCCGUUCCCGCGAUUCGAUCUGCCACGAAUUCCGCAAUUGCACGAUCUGCUCGGCCUCUCUUCGUACGCCAUUUUGCGUCUCCGACUGGUCUGGGAACUACCGCAAACCCAAAAUCUAAGCGGAGAAGCGUCACGCCAUUCAACGACACCGGAUUUGUGCCAUGGAGCGAACUAUCAGCUGCCGAGAAGGCGGCGAGGGCAACCCAACAGUCUUAUAACUUUGGCAUGGUUAUCAUUGGUCUCGUUUGCACCGGAGGUGUUACAUACUUUCUUUGGACGGAUGUCUUUUCUCCCGAGAGCAAGACAAAUCAGUUCAACAGAGCCGUGAACAUGAUCAAAAAGGAUCACAGAUGCCUUGAGCUUCUAGGUGAUGCGAACAAGAUUUCAGCUCAUGGAGAUGAGACGUUUAAUAAAUGGAGGAGGGCACGACCGAUUACGUCCACUGAGAGGACAGACUCCCAGGGCAACCAGCAUCUCAUGAUGCAUUUCUAUGUCGAGGGCCCUCUGGCAAACGGAGUAGUACAAUGCCACAUGAUUAUGCCUCGUGGCCAGAGCGAAUAUGAGUACCAAUACCUAUUCGUAGAUAUCAAGGGCCACGAAAGGAUAUAUCUGGAGAAUGCAGAUACUGCCGCCUCGCGGUCAGGAAAGAAACCUCUGACCUUUUUCGGAGUUAAAUGGGGAUAACGAAUGACAGUGGGGAGUCAUUUCUCCUUCUGGGAGACUUUAUUGGAAGUCCAUCACAAGACAUCUUUAUGAAUCGUCGAGAGACAGACAUGUAUACUACCAUGUUAACUACGGGGUGCAUAAUCUGCACUUUGAAAGCCAAUUAUUUGGCACCUCUGUGGCUAGAGGCUGCUAGAAGUUUUGAUUUGCGUAUUGGCCGUCUGCAAACGCGUUUUGCGCCUUGUCUUUGGGACUUGUCUUUGGGACUUGAUGGAGUAGCUUUCAGAUACCUUUAUGGCUCUAACUUGAACUCACACUAGCAUAUGGUUAGUUAAACACACUCCAGGAUAGUAUCCGUCCUCGAUGUCGAGAGCCUCGCAAAUACAAGGUCCAUCAAGUAGACAGAAAUGUCGAUGUUAUGCGGACUGUCCUAUG